AUGGGGGGCGUGGCCGCCGGGCAGCCCGCGGGCGCUGCGGAGCACGAGUGCUGCGAGCGCGUGGUCAUCAACAUCUCGGGGCUGCGCUUCGAGACCCAGCUCAAAACCCUGGCGCAGUUCCCCGAGACGCUGCUGGGGGACCCCCGCAAGAGGAUGCGCUACUUCGACCCCCUCCGCAAUGAGUAUUUCUUCGACCGCAACCGGCCCAGCUUCGACGCCAUCCUCUACUACUACCAGUCGGGCGGGCGCAUCCGGCGUCCCGUCAAUGUCCCCAUCGACAUCUUCUCCGAGGAGAUCCGCUUCUACCAGCUGGGGGAGGAGGCCAUGGAGAAGUUUCGGGAGGACGAGGGUUUCAUUCGGGAGGAGCAGCGGCCGCUUCCCGAGAAGGAGUUCCAGCGCCAGGUGUGGCUCCUCUUCGAGUACCCCGAGAGCUCUGGGCCGGCCCGAGGCAUUGCCAUUGUCUCUGUCCUGGUCAUCCUUAUCUCUAUUGUCAUCUUCUGUCUGGAGACCCUGCCUGAAUUCAGGGAUGACCAUGACUAUGAGGGAACUGGGGGGACCUUUGGGACAGGCGGUGGCCCUCUCCCACCUGAUGUCUUCACCAACUCCUCAUCCUCGGCCGCUUCCAUGGUGUCAUCCUUCACCGACCCUUUCUUUGUGGUGGAGACUCUGUGCAUCAUCUGGUUCUCCUUUGAGCUGCUGGUCCGUUUCUUUGCCUGCCCCAGCAAGGCCACCUUCUCCAAGAACAUAAUGAACAUCAUUGACAUUGUGGCCAUCAUCCCCUACUUCAUCACGCUGGGCACGGAGCUGGCUGAGCGUCAGGGCAACGGCCAGCAGGCCAUGUCCUUGGCCAUCCUCCGAGUCAUCCGCCUCGUCAGGGUCUUCCGCAUCUUCAAGCUCUCCCGGCACUCCAAGGGGCUGCAGAUCCUGGGCCAGACCCUCAAGGCCAGCAUGAGGGAGCUGGGCUUGCUCAUCUUCUUCCUCUUCAUCGGCGUCAUCCUCUUCUCCAGCGCCGUCUACUUCGCGGAAGCCGACGACCCCAGCUCGGGGUUCAGUAGCAUUCCCGAUGCCUUCUGGUGGGCCGUGGUCACCAUGACCACCGUGGGCUACGGGGACAUGCACCCCAUCACCAUUGGGGGCAAGAUCGUGGGGUCUCUGUGCGCCAUCGCGGGCGUGCUGACCAUCGCCCUGCCCGUGCCCGUCAUCGUCUCCAACUUCAACUAUUUCUACCACCGCGAGACGGAGAACGAGGAGAAGCAGAUGCUGCCCGGGGAGGAACAAGCCCAGUACAUGCACGUCGGGAGCUGCCAGCACCUCUCCUCCAGCGAGGAGAUGAAGAAGGCUCGCAGCAAUUCCACCCUCAGCAAGUCCGAGUACAUGGUGAUCGAGGAAGGGGGGAUCAAUCACAGUGCAUUCAAACAGGCUGCCUUUAAAGCAGGCAACUGCACAACCACAAACAAUCCCAACUGUGUGAACAUCAAAAAGAUCUUUACGGAUGUUUAAGACAAACCCAAAUCAAACGGACAGCAACAAAUCCUGAGGAUGCGGUAAAACGAUACCAAUAAUAAUACCAAUAAUAAUGCAAAGUGACUGUGUGUCGGUGUUGUGUGGAACAUGCACCAUCGUCGGUCUGUGUGAGCCCUCGUUUUUAUACCUUUAUUUUUUUAGAUCCUUCCUUUCUAAAGAUCCAAAAGUAAAAGGAUUUAAAAUUCUCUGAAGAAGAGGACAGCUAAAGGGUAAUGAGAAGGAAGAU